AAAACCCUAAACCCUGGUAUUCUCAACCCAAGCACAAGUCAUGGACCAACGAUCUUCGAAUCUGCUCGACGAAGCCCUGGGACUGGACUGCCAGACGGACCGGUGGGCUCUUGCAGGGCGAGUGGUGGCGAUAGAGGACUCCGUCGAGACCAGUGGCUCAUUUAUCCUUCACCAACUCGUUAAGCGAGCGCUUGCUCCAAAUUCCUCUACUGUUGUCCUCUUCAUCGCCUUCGCGCAACCUUUUUCUCAUUACGAUCGCAUCCUCCGCAAACUCGGAUGCAACUUGGCUGCACAAAGGGUUAACAAUAGAUUCUUUUUCUUUGACAAGCUUACACUGCAGUGUCCAGAUGUGGAUGAAAGAAAUUCUCCUGUAAGUGGACUUGUUGCCUUGUAUGGCGAAAUUCAAGAAACUAUUUAUGGUUUGCCGGAGGUCAGCCGGAAAAAUGUCACCAUUAUCAUUGAUGAUUUGUCUAUUGUUGAGGUUGCUGCUAAUGGCUCUUCAGAUUAUGUCUUAGACUUCCUACAUUAUUGCCACACUUUAACAUCAGAAUUUGAUUGCACAUUAAUAACACUUAAUCACGAGGAUAUCUAUUCAAGCACGGAAAAGCCUGCAUUUUUGUUACAGACAGAGUACCUUGCAGACAUUUUGAUAAAGGCAGAACCUUUGGCUACCGGCUUAGCCACUGAUGUGCAUGGGCAGUUGACAGUUUUGAACAAGGGCUUUAAUCAUGGUCAGAUGAACUCAAGAAACAAGAUACGCAAUUUCCACUUUAGAGUCAAGGAAAAUAUGGUUGAAUAUUUUUACCCAGGAAGCCGGAAUUAGGGGAGCGUGUGAUCGUAAUUACAGAAAGUUAGUCUCACGUAUGACUCAGAUAUUUUUGUGGUCUUGUAAUGAUCUAAUCUGAUGAGGUCAAAUUUGCUAUUUGGUUUGUAAGAAAAUGUUGGUGGUUUUAUUAUUAUUAAAAAAAAAUAACAUCC